AUGCUUCUACACACAUUCUUUGACGAUUCAAAAUCUACAGUUGAGGAGACACCACGGAUGUUUGUUGCAAGACUGUUCGGUAGCCCAGUAUCGACGUCCGUCAUACCAUUUGAAAAAGAAAACAAUAACAACAACCAAGAAACUGCAAAAAUGCCGCUCGACCCUAUGGAUUCGUUGUGGAUGUCCAAGGCUCCACAAGUAAGUGAUCUUGUCGUUCAACCGAAUGUCACCUUCAAAGCGGUGACUGGAGGUUCAGCUCACUCCACCAGUUCCAGCAUUCCUAUUGCUGGAGGUGAAGACCCAAUUCGCCCAGACUUCGACACUGACUGUCUCUGGAAGCCACCAACUCGCUCGGGACGUGUCCAAAAAGAGAGAACCAUUUCGAUGGAUUCAACUGACUCAGAAGUCGGUGCACUGGGAGGACGCAAGUUCUCAACAAAUGAGGGCUCCAGCCCAGUUCCAACUUCACCAAUCGAGGCCCAGCCACGCGCUCGUCGCAUGUCCAUUUCUGAGAUGCUGUUUGGAUCCUCACCAAAGAGCUUCUCUUGGGGAAUGGACUCGAACAAUACCACCACCACUACCACUACCACUGCUGGAGGUGCUGAUAUCGGAGAGCGAAAGAUGUCGAUCACUGAUGAUCCACGCUUCAAGGACUUCAUGAAGCAUCAGAGCAAAAUCAUCGGUGAUGAUGGAAUCUCGUCCGCUGGCUUCAAGAGAAGCAACUACAUGAAAGACUAA